AUGUCUUGCACUGUGUUGAGCCAAAAGAGUGUUCAUGGAAUAACAGUGAUUACGCCGGCUUUACGGGAGACGUUGCGCUUGAGCGAGUUCUUACCCGGCUCGGUGCCGCCAUAUGCUAUUCUAUCGCACACCUGGGGACCUGAGGAGGUCACCUUUCAAGAAAUGCAGAAAGGAUCAGAUGAAGAACUAUCACAAAAGGCAGGUUUCAGAAAGAUUAAAGGCACAUGUGAGCAGGCCAUGCGAGACAAGAUACCCUACGCUUGGGUCGACACUUGUUGCAUUGACAAGACAAGUAGCGCGGAGCUACAGGAGGCCAUCAAUUCCAUGUGGCGUUGGUAUGAAGAAGCGAUGGUAUGCUAUGCCUACCUUUCCGAUGUCGAUUGCGAGGUACAUGAGGACUGCAUCACGACCAGGGCACAAGGUGUAGGCAGCCGAGGGACGGAGGAUGUUGGACGCAGGUUGCCCGAGAGCUUUUCGAAGUCUGCCUGGUUCACUCGAGGAUGGACGCUGCAGGAGCUUCUUGCCCCUAUCAAUGUUGAUUUCUUCGACAGGACGUGGGCUCUCCUUGGAACGAAAAAGACACUCAUUCCCGACCUGUGCCGCAUUACGGGAGUCGAUCUCCCGGCAUUAGAUGGGAUUGUUGAGCUCAGCUCCUUCAGUAUUGCAAAGCGGAUGUCCUGGGCUGCCGAGCGUAAGACUACGCGCGGAGAGGACCGGGCGUACUCCUUACUGGGACUAUUUGGUGUCAGCAUGCCGAUGCUGUACGGAGAAGGCGCUGAGCGUGCCUUUGUUCGCCUGCAGGAGGAGUUGAUGAAAUACGUCGUCGAUCAUUCCAUCUUCGCUUGGUUCCCUCGAACGACCCGUGGCAGCAACCUGCUGGCCCACUCGCCUGCAGACUUUGCUGGGAUGGGAGACAUAGUACCGUGGGGAAACCCUGAACCUUAUCAGAUGAGUUAG